GUGGUGGUGGGGGUGGCAUCCUACGCUGCUGGGGCUCAGGCGGGGAUUGGGGUGCUGCCCCCCUGACCCUGCUGGGGUACCAUGAGCUCUCAGGAUGAGCAGUUCCAAGCAGGAGCCCCUGAGCCAGCGGCUUCCUCCGCCGAUGAUGGCAUGACCUGGUGGUACAGGUGGCUCUGCAGGAUUGCCGGGGUCAUCGGGGGCCUGUCCUGUGCCUUUGCUGGUCUCUGGAACUGUGUCACCAUCAACCCCCUGAACAUCGCGGCUGGUGUGUGGAUGAUGCUCAACGCCUUUGUCCUGUUCCUGUGUGAAGCCCCUUUCUGCUGCCAGUUUAUCGAGUUUGCGAAUGCCGUCUCCGCGAGGGCGGACAAGCUGCGGCCCUGGCAGAAAGCUGCUUUCUACUGCGGGAUGGCUGUGUUCCCCGUUGUGCUCAGCCUGACGCUCACCACGCUCUUUGGGAAUGCCAUUGCCUUUGCCACCGGGGUGCUUUAUGGCAUGUCGGCGCUCGGCAAAAAGGGAGAUGCCAUUUCCUACGCCCGGAUCCACCAGCAGCAGAAGCAAAUGGAUGAAGAGAAGCUCACAGGGGCCCUGGAGGGACAGGCUCUCUGAAACACACGAGCUCAGGGUAACUUCUGGACGCUGAGAUGGUGAAGAUAUGGAAACCCACUCUGCCCUUUCCUCUGCCCGCUCCCCUCUCCAUUGCACCAUGAUUUCCCUGGACACUGCAGCAACUGGAAAUCUCAGGGGCUGGGGCGGGCUGUGCCCCCUUCUCACACCAGCAGCCAGACCUUGGCGUGUUGGCCUCUCUCCUCCUCAACCAAAUAUCUCACAGUCCCCCUAUUUUUUAAUUUAUUUUUAUUUUCUGCUAUAGAGGUGCUGGCUCUUUGAGUGCUGCUUUAUCAGCCUGAGUAGGUAGCCAUUCUUUGGAGUGACGAGCUGAGGAUGCAGUGCUCGUUACAUAUUUUUAGUAACGGUCUCUGGUGUGGCCCUUCCCAGGUGUAAUACACUAAUCCAGGGUUUAACACAACAUGGUGAUGCCUAAGCUUGGUCAUCUUCCAUAGAAUAUGUUUUAAUAUGGGUCCAGUCAGGCCAGGCAUCGCUGCAGGGGAAAGGACUUUCCAGCAAAAAACCUGUAUAAAGACAAUAACCCUCUCUGCAGAGGAGCUGCCAGAGGCACUGGGGCAGAUCCUGGUACCUACAAAGCACAGUCCCCUCUUCCUCUGGAUACAGCUGCGGGCAGUUACUGCAAUUUACUUGAAUUAUAAGAAUUAAUUACUUUGUCUUAAUAAGGGUACUUUUCUUAAGCUUCACUCUUUUACUGGGGAAGAAGGGAAAUAAGGUUUGCUUUACCUCAGCUGAGAAAGGAUACUAUUGCUUGAGCCGAGCAGGAUUUUUUGCUGGUGUAAGCGUUAACUGAUGUGCAAGAGCAUCCUUCUUUCUUGAGGCCAGGCCUCUGCUCUGGUAUCUCUCACUCCCUGCAUCUGCUCCUGUGACCCAUCCCUCUGCAAGGGACCUGCUCUUGGCUUCUGUCUGGUACAGCCUUUCUCUUUUGGCUCUUGUUCUUUUUUGCAUCAAUCCUGGGCUGGUUUUGUAUGAGAAGGUGACAUACCCUUCCUGUGCAAACCCAGGGAAGUCUGCAUUUCAGUUUGGGUCACAUCAUUA